GGUGGGAGAGGGUUGGCUAUGGUGGAUGGGUGUGGGAGGUGGAGGUGGGAGAGGGUUGGCUAUGGUGGAUGGGUGUGAAAGAUGGAGGUGGAAGAAGGUUGGCUAUGGUGGAUGGGUGUGAGAGGUGUAGGUGGGAGAGGUCGGCAAUGGUGGAUGGGGGUGGGAGAUGGAGGGGGAAGAGGGUCGGCUAUGGUGGAUGGGUGUGGAGGAUGGAGGUGGAAGAAGGUCGGCUAUGCUGAAUGGGUGUGGGAGACGGAGGCUGAAGAGGGUUGGCUAUGGCGGAUGGGUGUGGAGGAUGGAGGUGGAAGAUGGUCGGCUAUGGUGGAUAGGCGUGGGAGGUGGAGGUGGAGGAAGGUCGGCUAUGGUGGAUGGGUGUCCAGGAUGAAGGUGGGGGGAGGUCGGCUAUGGCGGAUGGGUGUGGGAGAGGGAGGUGGGAAAGGGUUGGCUAUGGUGGAUGGGUAUGGAGGAUGGAGGUGGAAGAAGGUCGGCUAUGGUGGAUGGGUGUGGAAGAUGGAGGUGGAAGACGGUCGGCUAUGGUGGAUGGGUGUCCAGGAUCGAGGUGGGAGAAGGUCGGCUAUGGUCGACGGGCGUGGAGGACGGAGGUGGAAGAAGGUCGGUUAUGGUGGAUGGGGGUGCGGAAUGGAGGGUGCUUUGGGUUGUCCCUUGGACAUCCGUGCAAGGCGGACGGCGUAGGAGGUGGUGGUUGAAGAGGGUGCAAGGUAGCCAAAGUGCCAUUUCGCCGGCCCAUAGGUCUG